AUGGGCGCAGGUUGUCCGAUGUUUACCCCCAUCACUGCCCCUUCGCCUACCCGGGUUACCAUCAACUCUCUCCUUCACGCCGAAGUCGCCGACCGAGCCUCGAGCGCUUUCUCACGGUCCUUUAGCUCUUCUUCCACUGCCAUGUCUGCGUCGCAUAGCUUCGAUGGCUCGCAGCCAUCAUCACGCCCUAAGCCCAGGUCGUACAAGUCCCAUUUCAAGCAAAGAUAUCUCGUCGAGGCGGCGUGGAGGUCUGGCGGAACCAGUGUCACCCGAAAUAUCACUCAGGAAGGCGGUGUGGUCACAAGCUUGCAUCUCUCGCCCAAGUACAUUAUCGUCGCCCUUGAUAACGCCCGGAUACACGUCUUUGACACCGACGGUAACUCGCAGCGUACUCUCCAAGGCCAUGUCAUGGGCGUCUGGGCCAUGGUACCCUGGGAGGAUACUCUAGUUAGCGGUGGCUGCGAUCGUGAUGUGAGGGUAUGGGAUCUAGUUACUGGUGCUUGUCUGUUCACGCUGCGUGGCCAUACUUCGACCGUCCGGUGUCUAAAGAUGUCGGAUGCGAAUACGGCAAUCUCGGGCUCUCGCGAUACCACGCUUCGAGUUUGGGAUAUCAGGACUGGCCUGUGCCGAAAUGUUUUGGUUGGCCAUCAGGCAAGCGUCCGAUGCCUGGAGAUCAAGGGCGAUAUCGUCGUCUCCGGGAGUUACGACACCACCGCCAAGGUUUGGAGCAUAUCCGAGGGCAGGUGCCUGCAGACCCUUCAAGGUCACUUCAGCCAAAUCUAUGCCAUCGCUUUCGACGGACGUAGGGUCGUGACAGGAAGUUUGGAUACCCAGGUUCGAAUCUGGGAUCCUAAUACAGCUGAAUGCCUUGCUAUUCUACAGGGCCACACUUCCCUUGUGGGCCAGCUUCAGAUGCGUGGCGACACCCUUGUAACCGGAGGCUCAGACGGCUCAGUCCGCGUAUGGUCACUAGAGAGGAUGACGCCUAUCCACCGACUCGCUGCCCACGAUAACAGUGUGACGAGCCUUCAGUUUGACGACACACGAGUCGUCAGUGGCGGUAGCGAUGGGCGAGUGAAGAUUUGGGAUCUCAAAACAGGCCACCUAGUCCGGGAGCUGGUUUCUCAAAGCGAUGCCGUCUGGAGAGUUGCAUUUGAGGACGAAAAGUGUGUGGCACUUGCGUUGAGGCAAAACCGCACUGUCAUGGAGGUCUGGAGUUUCUCACCGCCCGAGGAGAUGCUUUAUGACAGGCCCCUUUCGCUACUCCCACGUCCUCUUGACGAUGUCCCGAACCGCCCGAUGAGUGCACUACCUUUCGACUUCCGCAGGUCUCAGGAUGGCCUCGCAGGCUCAAGUCGAGAGUCCCAGGAUGUCGACAUGAGCGAUGCAGGGCCUUCUACAGCACCUCUUCAAGGUGGCAACAAAACCUUCUUCCACGACGACUAG